AUGCGCAUUGGACCACAUCUCGAUCCGCAGGAUUAUGGAAUUGGUACUACAAGCGUAACGUUCCAACAACAUAAAGUAGGAAGAGAGGAACGUGCACGAGUUCUUGGACGUCAUAGCGGUUUCCGAGGUUGUACUAUAUGGUUCACCGGAUUGUCUGGAGCUGGCAAAACAACAGUUGCAUUUGCAGUGGAGAAAAUUUUGACACAGCUUGGUAUUCCUGCUUACGCUUUAGAUGGUGACAAUGUCCGACAUGGUCUUUGUAAAAAUCUUGGGUUUUCCAAAGAAGAAAGACGAGAAAAUAUCCGUCGUGUUGCUGAAGUAGCCAAAUUAUUCGCUGAUAUGGGCACUGUGGUUCUGGCAUCAUUCAUUAGUCCAUAUAAAUAUGAUCGAGAUGAUGCAAGAUCUAUUCAUAAUCAGGAUAAUUUGACCUUCUUUGAAGUGUAUGUGAAUACACCACUAAGAAUUUGUGAACUUCGCGAUCCUAAAAAUUUGUAUAAGAAGGCACGUUGCGGAGAGCUGAAAGGAUUCACAGGGAUUGAUAGUGUCUAUGAAGCGCCAGAAAAACCAGAUCUUAUACUUGAAUCGGGCAUUGAAUCUGAAGCCGAGUCUGUCAGGAAAGUACUGGAUUUCUUAUUCCAGAAGAAUGUUUUGCCCGUAAAAGCUUAUCAGCAAAUUUCUCGGCCACCUAUACGAGAGUUAUACAUUGGUGAGGAAUCGAAAGACAAAUUACUAGAGCGCAUGAACUCUUUUCCAAGAGUGCAGUUGACGAAAAUUGAUCUAGAGUGGUUACAGGUAUUGGCUGAAGGCUGGGCAUCUCCUUUGCCUGGUUUCAUGCGUGAACGGCAGUACUUGCAAUGUUUACACCAUGGUCUCCUUUUGGAUUUAAAAAAGAAAUGCUUAACCACUGAUGUGUCGCUUCCAGAAAACACUGAAGAAGAUUCACUUUGGCCACUUAAUGAACCACUGAAUCAGUCGAUAGUAAUCGUAUUACCGAUUGGUGAUGACACAAAAGUCAAGCUCAUGGAUGGACAUUCUGUCAGUCCCGAAAUUGCUCUUGUGUAUAACAAUGACGUGGUUGCUGUUGUGAAAGAUGGAGAAAUAUUUGAACAUAGGAAAGAGGAACGAAUUGCGCGUCAGUUUGGUAUUAUCGAUCCUCGUCAUCCUACAAUAAAACAAAUUUUGGAAAGUGGGAAUUGGUUGCUUGGCGGUGAUGUACAGGUGCUGAAACGAAUUCAGUACAAUGAUGGUUUGGAUUGCUAUAGGAUGUCACCGUUAGAGCUUCGAAAUGUUUUCGCGAAAGCCAAUUGUGAUGCGGUUUUUGCUUUCCAAUUGCGAAAUCCUAUUCAUAAUGGCCAUGCUCUUCUUAUGCAAAAUACAAGAGAACAGCUGCUGACAAAGUACAAAAAUCCCAUGUUGUUACUUCAUCCAUUAGGCGGUUGGACAAAAGAAGACGAUGUGCCGUUAGAUGUACGCAUGAGACAGUAUGAUGCAAUUUUAUCGGAAGGUGUUUUAGAUCCACAAUGGACCAUUCUUGCUAUUUUUCCUUCCCCAAUGUUAUAUGCUGGACCGACUGAGGUACAAUGGCAUGCUAGGGCUCGAUUAGCAGCAGGUGUUUCAACUUACAUAGUAGGACGAGAUCCUGCAGGCAUACAACACCCCGAAACUGGCGACUACUUAUAUGAUCCGACACAUGGCUCGAAAGUAUUAUCUAUGGCUCCCGGUUUGCCGAAUUUGGACAUAAUACCAUUUCGCGUAGCUGCGUACGAUAAAACGAAAGGCAAAAUGGCAUUUUUUGAUCCUUCACGAAGUGAAGACUUUAAGUUUAUAAGUGGAACGAAAAUGCGGUCAUAUGCUCGUGAUGGUGUUGAACCACCAGAGGGUUUCAUGGCUCCCAAAGCUUGGAAGAUUCUAUCAUCUUAUUAUCAGGAAUUAACAACGAAGGAAAUUGAAAGUGAUCACUGA